AUGUCGUGUCUGGUGGAGGAGAUGUGUGUGAUCGUUUCUUCGAGAGAUUACACGUUUCGUCGUAUGUUUUGAGCGGCGAUUUAGGAAACGUGUUUACGAUAUAUUGUUUUAUAUACUUCUGGUUUGAUGCCGGCGGGCUUCUUUAAUGUCGACUGAGAUUCGCCUGUUUCUGGGAGGGGUGUUUCUUAUGGGCAGGGAAACCGACCUUGAAGGUGUGUGGGCAAGGUAAAAUGACUCGUAAGAGACUUUUGGGCAGGGUAAAAAGCUCUAAGGGGUGGAUAUUCAAACAAGAUUGUGUAAGGUUGUUGAUUACAUUAUAGUAACUUUGUUUGUGUAACUGAUAAUUUAAUCAAAGUGGCAUUUAAUGUUAUUUACCAAUGUAAUGUAAAUUGUGAAAGUACUGUAACAUAAAAAACCAUGAGUUUAACGUUGUAACUCAAUAAAGUAAAAAGUUUCCCUUGUCUUUACAGUGGCACACCAAGUCAAAAGAGAUGACAUAACCUUGUGGUGUAUAUUGUUACAUUUAUAUUGCUAUGCUGUUAUUCGUACUGCACAUCCUCAGUAUUGUUUUAGUUAUCUGUGUUGUAUACGAGGAGUUAAACUCAAGGGGGGAUUUUUUUUGGCUAUUAAAAGUCACCUUUGUAAUACUGACAUUGUAACACAAUAUGUACUUUACUGCCAUUCUUCAUUUUUAUUAGUAAUGUACAUAAUAAUCGUAUGUUGCAGGUGCUAUGUCCAGGAUAUUAUUCCUGCCGACAAUAUUUGUCGCGGCGACAAUAGCCAUCUGGGUUAUGGUAACAUCAGCACCUGGAUGGAAUGUGGAUGAGAGUAAGUGAACUACAAUCUUUGGUCGUGCCAAAAACUACUAUAUAGUAUGGUACAACCUAUAGUACUUAUGAGUACCGUACUUUGAACUGAACAACGUUUUGUCUUUUUUAAAAAUAUUUUGUACUAUGUCUAUAAUACACACUACAGUACUAUACUAAUCAAAAAUUUUCAAAAUUCAUUUUAAAACCACACAUGUUGAGAUCAUAUUAUACUAAAAAACAUAUUUACGUAGUUAAUUUCAGCUGGCUUUGAGAUACCAAAGCAGUUCGACAACUUUACCAUGGUUGUGACAAAGUUCAAGCAGUACCACAACCAGCAUUACAUCUACAUCACGGUACUCUUCUGUUCCGUGUACCUCUACAAACAGACCUUCGCCAUUCCCGGGUCAUUCCUCUUGGUGAGUCAAGUUUAUAUUGUCAUAGUUCUGUUGGUUUAGAGGUCUUUAACGUUGUAAAAUGGUAUCACAUUGUAGUAGAAUAACUGUAAUCGUGGCUGUUAGACCGAGCUGAAAGCCUUGUUUGAUAGUCAUAGACAAUCGUAACUUAUUGUUAUAUAUCAAUUGAUAUAACAGUACUCAAACCAUAGUACUGUCAUACUAUCCAUUCUGCUGUAUUGUACAUGACCUUGACCCUACUCCUUUCAGAACGUCGUCGCAGGAGCAGUGUUCGAUAUGGGUGUAGGCUUCAUGCUGGCCUGUGUCCUGACCACCUGUGGUUCCACCUUGUGUUACCUGUUCUCUGAGCUGUGCUUCGGCCGAGAGAACGCUUACUACUACUUCGGUCAGAGGAUGAAGUUCCUACAACAAAAAGUGGAGGACAACUCGCACGGUCUGGUACUGUACCUUCUGUUCGCGAGGAUGUUCCCCAUCUCACCCAGCUGGCUUCUGAACGUCGUCGCUCCCUUCCUCAACAUCCCUAUACCUACUUUCGCUUUCACCGCUUUUGUUGGUAUGUUUCUAUGUUAUAGUAUAUAGCAAGUUCAAGAUAGUAUGUAACCAGUAGAACGUACUAUAACUUCUAGAUAUUAAAAGAGAUAUUGACAGAAGUAAAACUUUAGGUAAAAUGAUAAAAAGCCUCAGACUGAGGCUGCGUUCAUCUGACUAAAGCUGUAGAUCAUAUAGACGUAAUGAAGCCUUGUUAACAAUAUAAUUUAACAUCUUAUUCUAGGGUUAGCCCCGUACAACUUCAUCUGUGUCCAAGCUGGUUCUAUCUUAUCAGAUCUGAAGAGUUGGGACGAUGUUAUGUCAACAUCUACCAUGCUGAAACUGUCAUCUUUGGCGUUGUUACCUCUCUUCUUACUGAUAUUUGUUAAACCAAGAAGCAAACGAGUAAGUACACUGUAUUACUCACUGUAACUCUAAUAAUCCUUUAUAAAACUAUCUUUUACAAUCGUGACGCUCAUUAUAUACCGUAUGCUUUCAGGUGAUUACCAUACAACCUCGACUUGGAUACACGAACAUAGUCUAA